ACAUUCUCGUCGUCGUACCGCAACGUCAUAUGGCUGAAGAUGAGAAACGUUUACGUAGCGUCAAAAAUCUACUGGAGUGGUCAGUAGAACAACAAGGAGACGAAUGUAGAAAGGACCUUAAACCAAUAUCAAAAGAUGAUGCUCGUUGGUUAAACGAAGCUCUACGACACUAUACUGGUGCUGAUGACGUCACAGUGAUGAAACAGUGUUUGCAAGUUUUGAAGACGACGGAUAGUGGUGUGUCGAGCACAGAGACCGAGUUGGGAGAGAAAAGACUUGAAGCGAGUCAGGAUGCAUUAGACUUGAUUGCUGAAAAAGUGGAUCUCAUAGACAAUGCUAGAGAUUUUAUCACUAUUGGUGGGUUGCCCAUUAUUCUUGCCAUCCUACAGACUGAUGCACAUUCGUUGCAGUGGCGAGCUGCCGAGGUGUUAUCCGUGUUGGUGCAGAACAAUCCAUUUUGUCAAUCGCAGGUUUUUGCUUCCGGUGGACUUGACAUCCUAGUCAACGUCGGCCACAGUAGUCAAGAUGAUUUAGUGAAGACCAAGGCACUCUAUGCAAUUUCCAGUUUAACGAGAGGUUUUCCGGAUGCUUUGAAGGCAUUUCUUUGUGAACGAGGUAUUGGUGUUAUGGUCACAGCUAUAAAGAGCAAGUCAGAAAAAUUGAAGACGAAAGCGAUUUUCCUGUUGAAGAAUAUUGCAGAGGAACACUCAGAGGCCAAAGGUACACUGUGUAGUUAUGGAUUCGUCCAGGAAUUGACUGAGUUGCUGCGACAUGCAGACUCAGCCGGCCACCUUGGAGAGCACAUAGCUGGUGCUCUCCUCUCACUUGCAACAGACUGUCCUCAGGGUUUGUCUCAAUGUAAACAUCCAGGGUUGGCAUUGAAGGAAACGUUGGAGGAAAGGUUGAGACUACGUCGUGGAGACGACGAAGAGUAUAGAGAAGAAAUUGAAUACUGCACUGAACUGCUGCGGCUGUGCAGUACCGCUUGA